CCACGUGGAUCACAAUUCACAAAUGAACGAAACCUUUCAGCCCAAACCUUAACGGAAGCAGGGGAGCGCCGCCGCCGCCGCCGCACCCUCUGCCCCCUUCCCCGACGCCGGCGUCGCCUCCCUUCCCACUCCCUCUCCUCUUCCAGCCAUGACCGCGCCGCAGUAGCAGAGUCAAACCAACAGUAGCAUGCGCCGCUGCUUACGGCGCGGGCUGGGCAUCCUCCUCGUCCCACUCCCAAGCCCACUCAGCCGGCCGCCGCCGGUACCUCUCGCGGCUCUCCUGCUCCUCCCGCGUCGCCUCGAUGCCCUCUCCCUUCGCCCCUUCUGCAGCUACGGCGGGGGACGCGCCGUCGAGCAGUUCUCCGACGACGAGUACGACCACGAGUAUGAGGACCACCGGCCGUCGUCGUCGGUGGCCAACAUCGACGAGUGGAGGUGGAAGCUGAACAUGCUGCAGCGCAACGCGGAAGAGCAGGAGAUCAUCUCCAGGGACCGGAGGGACCGCCGGGACUAUGACCAGAUCGCCAACCUCGCCAAGAGGAUGGGGCUCUACAGUGAGCUGUAUGGGAGGGUUAUUGUUGCGAGCAAGGUCCCGCUGCCGAACUACAGGCCAGACCUGGACGACAAGCGUCCGCAGAGAGAGGUGGUGAUCCCGCUAAGCUUGCAGAGGAGGGUUGAAGGACUUGUGCAGGAGCACCUUGACCGCGCGCUCUUGCCAUUUGAUAAAGAUGGCCACGAGACAGAAAGUGGUUCCGAGAAAACUGAGCCUGCCAACUUGGACGAGAGGCAGGAUCCUCUGCUCGACCAGUCGGUCAUGGAGAAGGUCCUUCAGAGGAAGAGUAUUCGGAUGCGCAAUUUUCAACGAAGUUGGCAGGAAUCACCUGAAGGUGUUAAGAUGGUAGAAUUUCGGAAAUCCCUCCCAGCAUACAAGGAGAAGGAAAGGCUUCUAGCAGCCAUUGCACGUAAUCAGGUUAUAGUUAUUUCGGGAGAGACUGGGUGUGGCAAGACAACACAGUUGCCUCAGUUUGUGAUGGAAUCCGAGAUAGAAUCUGGUCGGGGGGCCUUUUGUAACAUAAUUUGUACACAGCCACGGAGAAUAUCUGCAAUGGCCGUUGCAGAAAGAGUAUCCACCGAAAGAGGAGAAAAUCUUGGUGAAUCGGUUGGCUACAAAGUUCGAUUGGAGGGAAUGAAAGGAAGGGAUACGCAUUUACUUUUCUGUACCAGUGGUAUUUUACUGAGACGAUUGCUGAGUGACCGAAACUUGAAUGGGGUGUCUCAUGUGUUUGUUGAUGAAAUACAUGAAAGAGGCAUGAAUGAAGAUUUCUUAUUGAUUGUUCUAAAGGACCUAUUGUCACGACGCCCCGAUUUAAGGUUGAUAUUGAUGAGUGCUACUUUAAAUGCGGAACUGUUCUCAAGUUAUUUCGGAGGAGCGCCAACUAUCCACAUUCCUGGAUUCACACAUCCAGUGAGGGCGCAUUUUCUGGAAGACAUAUUAGAGAGGACAGGAUAUAAGAUGACACCAAGUAAUCAACUUGACGACUACGGCCAAGAUAAAGUCUGGAAGACUCAGAGACAGCUAUUGCCUAGAAAGAGGAAAAAUCAAAUUACCACACUUGUGGAGGAUGCUCUUCAAAAUUCGAACUUCGAAACCUAUGGCUCAAGGACACGUGAUUCUUUGUCAAACUGGAAUCCUGAUUGCAUAGGGUUUAAUCUCAUAGAGGCUGUUCUGUGCCACAUAUGUCGCAAAGAGCGACCUGGUGCAGUUUUAGUUUUCAUGACCGGGUGGGAUGACAUUAGUUCUUUGAAGGAUCAACUAAAAGCGCAUCCAUUGCUAGGUGACCCAAAUAGAGUGCUACUGCUUUCAUGUCACGGUUCAAUGGCUACUUCUGAACAGAGGCUAAUAUUUGAUAAGGCACCUCCUAAUGUUCGGAAGGUAGUACUUGCCACUAACAUGGCAGAAGCAAGUAUUACAAUAAAUGACAUUGUUUUUGUUAUGGAUUGUGGAAAAGCAAAGGAAACCACAUACGAUGCUCUAAACAACACUCCCUGCUUACUCCCCUCGUGGAUUUCAAAGGCUUCUGCCCGCCAGAGGAGGGGCAGAGCUGGUCGUGUCACACCUGGAGAAUGCUAUCAUCUCUACCCUAGAUGUGUGUAUGAUGCAUUUGCGGAGUACCAGCUUCCUGAGCUUCUUAGAACUCCUUUGAAUUCACUAUGUUUGCAGAUAAAAAGUUUGCAGGUUGGCAGCAUUGGGGAGUUUCUAUCAGCUGCUUUGCAGCCUCCAGAACCAAGAGCUGUCCAAAAUGCAGUGGAAUUCCUGAAGAUGAUUGGAUCAUUAGAUGAAAAUGAGAACCUUACUGAUCUAGGAAGAUACCUCUCCAUGCUUCCAGUUGAUCCAAAGUUGGGGAAGAUGCUUAUAAUGGGUGCAGUUUUCCGUUGCAUUGACCCUAUACUCACUGUGGUCGCUGGAUUGAGUGCCCGGGAUCCUUUCCUGUUGCCGCAAGACAAGAAGGAUUUGGCAGGAACUGCAAAAUCAAGAUUCUCAGCAAAAGAUUAUAGUGAUCAUAUGGCCCUUGUCCGAGCUUAUGAAGGAUGGAAAGAUGCUGAGAGGGAAGGAUCUGGUUAUGAGUACUGCUGGAGGAAUUUCCUUUCUGCUCAAACACUACAAGCCAUUCAUUCUCUUCGAAAGCAAUUCAGUUAUAUCUUAAAGGAUGCUGGCUUGAUAGACUCUGAUGCAAAUACAAAUAAUAGUUUGAGCCAUAAUCAAUCAUUAGUCCGUGGUGUCAUUUGUUCUGGGCUUUUUCCUGGGAUAUCAUCUGUUGUGCAUAGAGAAAACUCGAUGGCCUUCAAGACAAUGGAUGAUGGCCAAGUUCUUGUUUAUGCUAAUUCUGUGAACGCUAAGUACCAGACCAUCCCUUAUCCAUGGCUGGUCUUUGGUGAGAAGGUGAAGGUAAAUGCUGUCUUCAUCCGUGAUUCAACUGGAGUAUCAGAUUCGAUACUGAUCUUAUUUGGUGGUGCUGUUACAAAAGGAAGCGUGGCUGGGCACUUGAAGAUGCUCGAUGGUUACAUUGAUCUAUUUAUGGAUCCCAGCCUAUCUGAGUGCUACUUGCAACUUAAAGAAGAACUUGAUAAACUUGUACACAAGAAGCUUGAAGACCCAACCUUCGACAUUCACAAGGAAGGCAAAUACAUCUUAUUUGCUGCACAAGAGCUUGCUGCAGGCGACCUAUGCGAAGGAAGGUUUGUGUUUGGCCGAGAAACGAGACGAGCGAGGCUUCGGGACAGCGAAGACGGCAAAAGCAACAUCAUAAAGGAUGGGAUGAAUCCAAAGAGCCUGCUGCAGACCUUGCUGAUGAGGGCAGGCCAUACGCCUCCCAAGUACAAGACAAAGCACCUCAAGACCAACGAGUUCAGAUCCAUGGUGGAGUUCAAAGGGAUGCAGUUUGUUGGGAAACCAAAGAGGAACAAGCAGAUCGCGGAGAGAGAUGCCGCAAUCGAAGCACUGGGAUGGCUGACACAAACAUCUGGAACGAAGCUCCAAGAUGAGGGCGACGACUCCCCGCUUGACCUGACUGAUAACAUGCUUAAGCUGCUUAGUAAACCGAGGAAGCAUACUCGAAAAAAUUCGAGGAAAUGAUUUUUUUGCAAGGUUAGGUUCAGACCUCUGACGGUUAACCGAUGGCAUUGUCUCUUGACGGUAUUGGAUGCACCGAACUUAUGCUAGUGUGUCGACUUUCAGCUGCUCUCCUAGCGGCAGGGUGAUGGACGAUACGCUUCAUAAGCAUUCUCCUGAAAAUGAGUGUUACUCCUGAAAUUUGCCUAGGACUUUUAGCUGCUCUCCUAUAGGCAGGGUGGUACAGUAUUUUAACAUCAUCACGGCCAAACUGAAAUUUGUACCAUUUUAUAAAUUAACCUUGAAUAUCUUUUUGUAUAGUGUCAUGUGCAUACAACACGAUAUGAAGCUGAGGUGGGUUGUUCGACUCUGUUGGUCGCUGAGGCAGUCAGCAGUCCUGGACUCUCGGGGAUCAGCAGCGAUUAUACUCCCUCCACUUAAUAAAAGAUGUCUUAUUUGUCUA